CGCCCAUAUUCUGUUGACUUCGCAAGUCAAAAUCAAUGCAGAACUGCAGAAGCAAAACUGCGAUAAGACUAUAAGAGAGCUUCGUGAUUGCAGAUAGAGCAGCUUCAGCGGCAGAUUAGAAGAUGGACAUAGAGCAGAUGGAAGGCAGCGUAGCCGGUGGCGCCACCGUCGGAGACAGCGGCGCAGCUGCAAUCACUCCGUCUGAUGAAGUGACCCGGUUUAGCAUCUAUUUAUCCCAGAGAUACCAGCACUUGCUCGAUCAGUCUAUGCCGCACCUCCUCUACCGCUGGAUCGCAUUCAUCGCCAUAGCUUUGGUUUACGCAGUGCGAAUAUUACUACUUCAAGGCUUCUUCAUGGUCUCCUACGUCCUCGGAAUCUAUAUCCUUCACCUUCUCAUCGGGUUUCUCUCCCCUCAGAUUGACCCGGAAACUGAAUUUUCAAACGGUCCAACCCUACCCACCCGGCAAUCCGACGAUUUCCGCCCCUUCGUUCGUCGUCUCCCCGAGUUCAAACUCUGGUAUUCAAUUACAAAAGCAUUCUGCAUUGCCUUAACGCUGACAUUCUUCAGCAUGUUUAAUGUGCCCGUCUUUUGGCCAAUCCUCCUUUUCUAUUGGGUCGUCUUUUUCAUGCUUAUUAUGAGAAAACAGAUAUUGCACAUGAUCAAAUACAAAUAUUUGCCAUUUUCUUUUGGGAAGCAGCGUUAUGAUGUGAAGAGAGCAGCAUCUUCAAGUGACACUGACAAUUCAUAGAUUUGUUACUCGGUGAGGCAUUGGUUGCAAUGUCCUUCAAACUUAUGGCAUGUUGAUACCAGGCGAACCCUUCUGGUGGUAUGCCUGUCUAGCAGUAUUUUGAUUUUGAAUGUAAAGUGUUGAUGUAUGAGCUAUACUUUUAGAAAGAUCCUUGUGAUGGAGCCAUGAAGGGUUAGGCACCCACCCCCAUGUUGUUUUAAAUCAAUGCUUACAAUAGGGAUGUUAACUGACAAAGUGAAUAAAGUGUUUAGUAAUUUU